CCUCUGCUCCCCCAGGAUGAAUUCCACCCCUUCAUCGAGGCGCUGCUCCCCCACGUCCGGGCCUUCGCCUACACCUGGUUCAACCUGCAGGCCCGCAAGCGCAAGUACUUCAAGAAGCACGAGAAGAGGAUGACGAAGGACGAGGAGAGGGCGGUGAAGGACGAGCUGCUGAGCGAGAAGCCGGAGGUGAAGCAGAAAUGGGCCUCGCGCCUCCUGGCCAAGCUGCGCAAGGACAUCCGGCCCGAGUGCCGCGAGGACUUCGUGCUCUCCAUCACGGGCAAGAAGCCCUCGUGCUGCGUCCUCUCCAACCCCGACCAGAAGGGGAAGAUGCGCCGCAUCGACUGCCUGCGGCAGGCGGACAAGGUGUGGCGGCUGGACCUGGUCAUGGUCAUCCUCUUCAAAGGGAUCCCGCUGGAGAGCACCGACGGUGAGCGCCUGGUCAAGUCGGGCCAGUGCACCAACCCCAUCCUCUGCGUCCAGCCCCACCACAUCAGCGUCUCCGUCAAGGAGCUCGACCUCUACCUGGCGUACUUCGUCCGCGAGAGAGAUGCAGAGCAGAGCAGCAGCCCCCGGACGGGCAUCGGCUCAGACCAGGAGGACAGCAAACCCAUCACGCUGGAUUCAACAGACUUCCAGGAAAGCUUUGUCACUUCGGGGGUGUUCAGCGUCACCGAGCUCAUCCAGGUGUCCCGAACGCCGGUGGUGACAGGCACGGGGCCAAACUUCUCCCUGGGGGAGCUGCAGGGCCACCUGGCCUACGACCUGAACCCCUCCAGCACCGGCAUGAGGAGGACGCUGCCCAGCACCUCCUCCAGCGGGAGCAAACGGCACAAGUCGGGGUCCAUGGAGGACGACAUCGACACCAGCCCGGGGGGCGAGUACUACACCUCCUCCAACUCCCCCACCAGCAGCAGCCGCAACUGGACAGAAGACAUGGAAGGGGGCAUCUCCCCCACCGUGAAGAAGACGGAGAUGGACAAGUCCCCCUUCAACAGCCCAUCGCCCCAGGACUCCUCGCCCCGGCUGAGCAGCUUCACACAGCACCACCGUCCCGUCAUCGCGGUGCACAGCGGUAUCGCUCGAAGCCCGCACCCGUCGUCUGCGCUGCAUUUCCCCACCACCUCCAUCCUCCCCCAGACGGCCUCCACCUACUUCCCCCACACGGCCAUUCGGUACCCGCCUCAUCUCAACCCGCAGGACCCGCUGAAAGAUCUCGUCUCGCUGGCCUGCGACCCGUCCAACCAGCAGCCCGGACCGUUAAAUGGAAGUGGUCAAGUGAAAGUGCCCAGCCACUACCUGCCCACGCAGAUGCUGGCGCCGCCACCUCCCCCCGGCAUGCCCCGCUUGGCCGUCUCUCCUGACACCAAAUCCACCACGACAACUACCGAGGGAGGGACGACCUCACCGACAUCACCCACCUACUCUGCACCAGGCACGCCCCCUGCGAACCGUUCCUUCGUGGGAUUAGGACCAAGGGAUCCUGGGAGUAUCUAUCAGGCACAGGUGAGAGCGGGGAUGCUGCUGGGGGGACCCUCCUGCCCUCGCCCCGGGCACCGCCGCCGUGGGCAUUGCCGCCGUGGGCAUGGCCGAUGCGGGCAUCGCCAUCCCGGGUAUCGCUGCCGUGGCGCUGCUGACAGGGGCAUCCCCACCAUGGCAUCGCUGCCGUGGUAUUGCCACUGUGGGAAUUGCCGCUGUGGCCGUUGCCACCACGGGCGUCACCACCGUGACGUCACUGCCGUGGGUAUCUGUGCCGUGGCAUUGCUGCAGUGGGAUCACUGCCAUGGUUAUUGCUACCAUGGGCAUAGCUACUGUGGGCAUUGCCACCGUGGCAUCACUGCCGUGGCCAUUGCCACUGUGGGAAUUGCCACUGUGGGCAUUGCCAGCGUGGGCAUCACCACCAUGGCAUCGCUGCCCUGGCAUUGCCACUGCAGGCAUUAG